AGCCUCGGGUCUCCCGGAACGAUGGUGAAGUUGGGGAACAAUUUCGCGGAGAAGGGCGCCAAGCAGCCGCUGCUGGAGGAUGGCUUCGACACCAUCCCCCUGAUGACGCCCCUCGAUGUCAAUCAGCUGCAGUUCCCGCCCCCGGACAAGGUGGUUGUGAAAACGAAGACCGAGUACGAGCCUGACCGCAAGAAAGGCAAAGCGCGCCCUCCCAAGAUAGCGGAGUUCACUGUCAGCAUCACCGAGGGGGUCACCGAGAGGUUCAAGGUGUCCGUGCUGGUCCUCUUCGCCCUGGCCUUCCUCACCUGCGUCGUCUUCCUGGUCGUCUACAAGGUGUACAAGUAUGACCGUGCCUGCCCCGAUGGGUUCGUCCUCAAGAACACCCAGUGCAUUCCAGAAGGCUUGGAGAGCUACUACGCGGAGCAAGACUCCAGUGCCCGGGAGAAAUUCUACACCGUCAUCAACCACUACAACCUGGCCAAGCAGAGCAUCACACGCUCGGUCUCACCCUGGAUGUCCGUUCUGUCGGAAGAGAAGCUGUCCGAGCAGGAGACCGAAGCCGCCGAAAAGUCGGCCCAGUGAGGUGGGCAGGUUCCUUACGAUGUGUCACUUGAAGGUAACAAAGGGACUCGGAGGGACGUUUCAUUAAAUAUAAUUCCCGAUAAUUUAGAGGUCGCUCAUUUAUGGUGCAACUGCUUGUUUGCUGAUGCCGCUUUGCAAAUAAACCUUGCUGCCGGCCGCC